AAUCCCUUGGUUAUCAGCGUAAUCAUAUCGCCGUUUAUCUCUGAACCUCUGCUGCUUACCGGACACUACCUGGCCCUGCUCUUUCACCCCAGCAUUGCUCACUUGUAUGUCACUAAAGUGUCUGCAAAUGAAUGUGACAGACCGCGUUAUUUUUCUUAACUUUCUGACUGGUAGCAUUUGUGGUCACUCCCUGAAAAUGGGGUAAACCACCCUUAUGCCUCAAAGAGUGACUUAAAUGGAACGUAAUGCAAAAAUUACUAAAAGAACGACGUGUGUCACGCGCUAAAGGGGGAGAGCCGGAGAACGGGAACUUCGGGUGGGAAAUCUGCAGGUAAAAAAAAAACAAUACAGUCGAACCUCGUUACUACGUACCCCGGAUACAACGUUUUCACCUUUUCGACGUACAGGUUUCUAAUUCCCGUUUUUAGCCUAUGUAUUAUUCCAAUAGCAGCCAUUGUUUACAGCGUACACCCUUACAGCGUAAACUUCGAUACAACAUCCAAAUUUCUAGAGAAAAUACGAAAACUAACCAUCGUUACAACGUACAGCGCUCUCCCCGCCCACCACAACUUGUGUGUCGCUACAUCUACCUGUAUCUACCUGACCUGUAUCUACCUGCACAUUUGUCUAUUGCGUUGCUUGGCGUUAAAUGAGUUGCCUUGACUGAUCGUUACUGGACUGCGUCGUAAUGGCUUGUUAAGUGUUGUGUGCGUAUUCUUUGUUUAUUAAACCUUGUGAAAUACCGGUCAUGUCGGUAAUUGCGAAUUCAGAAUAAUAAUGGAAGUAAAGGAUUUUAUGAUUUAAUUUAAGCAAUAUUUCAUUAAUAUUUUCAGGCAAAAUGCCAAUUUGGAUGCGAAUGUUUAUUUUAAAAAUCCAUUUUGACCAGCCGUUAUGUAUUUUCGUUGCCGUUUAUCGCCGGCCGGCACUAAGUAAUCGUGAGUAAUUUAAGGAAAAUUUCAAGGAUCCAAAUGAGCUUUGUCGAAUUAUUUAACAAGUAAUAAUGUGUUCGUUUGUUUUGUUUGUUUUUAAGGGUCUGUUCUAUUAAAGUUUUAUCAUUUACAUGGAUAUUUCGUGAGUUCUUUCAUCCAUCUUGCACUAAGUGGUUACAACGUUCUAUGCUUAUAACGUACAUGUUUUUGAUAUCCUGUCUUGUACGUAGUAACGAGGUUCGACUGUAUAUAGCACAUACUGCCAUCUGCUGUCCUCAGGGCAGAUUACAGUAUUUCCAGCAUUUAAACACGCUCCCCUAACCUGUUAUUGUUUUCUUCAGAGAUAAUAAUGGUAUCAAAUAAUUACAGUUAAAGUUAUUUAACUAUAAAAAUGACAUAGUUUUGAAGUGGUAGAAUGGAAUAAUUAACUAGUUCUGUUCAUGGUGUCCUUUGACUUGACAUGGACAUAACAGAAGUGUAUGUAUCCUGUGGAACUUCGAGUUCCGGAGAGGUUCUGAAGAGGAAAACUCAGGAUAAGUCUGGAGAUUAUCCUCAUCCCUCACGUUACCUAAAGGGGACCAAUGUGUCACAUCCACGGCUGUCGUCAUCAUUUCCACCAUAUUGGAGAAAUAAGUUGGAGAAUGAGAGGAGUGGAAAGUGGAGCAUAAGCGGACGUGAUCAAAUGCCGUGCAUAGCAGAAAAAACAGCUUAAGAAGCGUACCGUGGGGUGGAUGCGUGUACGGAGGCGCGGCACCGGCGCCGUAGUCGCAGGGGGGAGGCAGGGGUACCCGUGUGCGUGAUCGGCAGCAGGGAGAGGACUCGGGAGUCCCUGUGCGGCUGCGGACCAUGACUUCCCUAACGCAGCGCAGCUCCGGCCUGGUGCAGCGGCGCACCGAGGCGUCUCGGAACGCCGCCGCCGACAAGGAGCCCGACUCCGCGGACGAGGAGAACGGACCGCGCCGCGGGGACGAGCAGGACAGCGACGACGGCGGGGACGCCAAAGAAACGCGGCUGACGCUCAUGGAGGAGGUGCUGCUCCUGGGCCUCAAGGACCGAGAGGGAUACACGUCCUUCUGGAACGAUUGCAUGUCGUCGGGGCUCCGCGGCUGCAUGCUCAUCGAGCUGGCUCUCCGGGGCCGCGUGCAGCUGGAGGCCAAUGGCAUGAGAAGGAAGGGUCUGCUAGCCAGGAAGGUGAUCUGCAAAUCCGACGCUCCGACGGGGGAUGUCUUGCUGGAUGAAGCUCUGAAGCACAUUAAAGAGACUCAGCCACCUGAAACGGUGCAGAGAUGGAUCGAGCUGCUCAGCGGCGAGACAUGGAACCCCCUAAAACUCCACUACCAGCUGAGGAAUGUGCGAGAACGGCUGGCCAAGAACCUGGUGGAGAAAGGCGUGCUCACCACAGAGAAGCAGAACUUCCUGCUCUUCGACAUGACCACGCACCCGCUGACCAACUGCGACAUAAAGCAGCGGCUUAUCAGGAAGCUGCAGGAGGCCGUGCUGGACAAGUGGGUGAACGACCCCCACCGGAUGGACAAGCGGAUGCUAGCCCUCAUCUUCUUGGCCCACUCAUCUGACGUGCUGGAGAAUGCCUUCGCCCCGCUGCUGGAUGACCAGUACGACCUGGCCAUGAAGAGGGUUCGGCACCUCUUGGACUUGGAGCCCGAAGGGGAGAGCAUGAAGGCUAAUGCUAAUGAGCUUCUCUGGGCCGUUGUGGCCGCUUUUACCAAAUGAACAAGGAGAAACUCGGACAGGUGUGAACAGGCGGGACCUCUUGGUUCUCAUCUGCCAUUCUGUUGGUUUGUUUGCAUCGCUGACAUGUUCUCACCUACCCCCCCUCCGCGACAGAGCCUCGCCGUUUCACUGCGGCAUCUUAACGUUUAACCCCUAAUCAUGCUGCUCUUAUGAAUCUGGAAAGAGUCCCGUGAGUCUUGAAUACGUACCAUAAGGAUUUUUGCACAAAGUUACAACUAAAAAAGUUCCGGCUCGGAAGAUUCGCCCUCGUCCAGAAGACAUCUGUCGAUUUUUCUUUAGGAUAAUGUUUUUGUUCGCAGUACACUGGGACAUGAAGGUUGUACACAAAAUGAUGCACCCUUUAAAUGAUAUGUCUCUGUUCCUUGAUGUCAUGCAUGAUGUGGCCUUUGGGUUUCCAGAUGUGCACAUUGCUAAUGUAUGAUCCUCGGUGUGGAUUUCACCUUUCGCUCAUAACUGGAUUGAUUUUUUUGGUGAAAACUAGAUUGUUGGCAGAUCUGACCUCUACUUCUUCUGAGAAUAACAGUUCUCCUGAGUCCAAAUGCAAACCGAAUGUUUUUUCCCCCCGUCUUAUUUAUUUUUAUGUAUAACCUCCUUAACUUGGAGGCUAAGAAGAUCAUGUGACCUCAUGCCAUCUUAAAGUGGAAUAAAUGGGUUCCUUAACAAAUGGGCAUCUUAACAUGCUCCUGUAUAGCUGAAUACCCCAUGAGAGUUUCCUUGGGGGGAGGUUUUCUGGGAGAGCGUUGUGAUCAAUAGCCAACCCCCCAGGCUAUUAAAUUAAUAUGUAUUUAUAAAUAUCAAGCUCUUACUGUGAUUACAAAGACAUGUUCAACUCCUUCAGCUACUUGAAGGAGUUGCAUAAAUGCUUUUAGCACUUAAGUGGAUGCCAGGAGUCAGUAUAUAUAUAUAUAUAUAUAUAUAUAAUUUUAUUAUUCUUCCACUCUGGAGACAUGAACCCCCCCCCCACUCUUUUAACAUCCCUUUAUAAUUUAAUCCACAAUGGUGUGGAGGCCAACCACAGGUUUCAUUGUGUUUUUUUGAUAUCUUAGUUUUCAUGUCUUUUCCUGGCUGAGAUGAAGGUUAUAGAACGAUAAACCUGCAGUGGAUGGAACUAUUGACUAUUCAGUUAAGGUAAAACUAUAUAGAUUGCACAUUUGUCACUGUAGGAUGCAAGUUUGGGGUUCAAAAUGCCUCUCAUUUAUUUUGUGUACGUUUGUUUUUAAUACACUG